AUGACUGGCCUCUCAACGCUCAUCCUUGGCUCAGCAAUUGGCGUCGUUAUUGUAGUAAUUCUCAAACGCUCCUUUAGCAGGACGAAUGGAAACCCUCCCUUGCCCCCAGGGCCAAAAGGCCUUCCUCUCGCCGGGAAUCUCAACGAUUUGCCCAAACCCGGUGUCCUUGAAGCUCAUCAUUGGCUGAAACACAAGGAUCUGUAUGGCCCAAUUAGCUCUGCCACAGUGAUGGGGCAAACUCUGGUGAUCAUCAACGACGCUCGACUUGCGUUUGAGUUGCUCGAAAAACGAUCUGUAAAACACUCUUCUAGGCCUCGACAGAUUUUUGCAGGUGAAAUGCUGGGCUGGGAGAACUCUUUGGGUCUUUCACAAUACAAUGACCGCUUUCGGACCUACCGCAAGAAUAUGAGCCGGAUCAUUGGUUCCAAGACAGCCGCAGCCCAAUACAACACUUUGCAGGAGGCUGAAGUUGGGCACUUUCUGCUUCACGUGCUGGACAAUCCCGAGGAUCUGGUGAAUCAGAUAAGAAAGGAAGCUGGCGCGGUUAUUCUCAAGAUCGCAUAUGGAUACACGGCGGAGCCCUUCAAGGAUGAUGUUCUGGUCAGCAUGGCUGGCGACGCUAUGGACAAGUUUGCACGUGCCGGUGUUCCGGGUGCCUUCAUGGUUGACAUGAUCCCCUCCUUGAGAUAUCUUCCAGACUGGGUGCCCGGAACUGGGUGGAAGAGGACAGCUCGUCAAUGGGGAGCCGAGUUGCACGACGUGACGGAGAAACCCUAUGCCUUUGUAAAACAUCAGAUUGCCCAGGGCAAGGAUGAUAAUUCCUUUCUUGCACGACUAUUGGAGGCUGGUGACUCAACCCCUGAGGAGAAGUUCACCAACAAAUGGUCAGCUAUGUCACUUUACACAGCAGGCGCUGAUACAACCGUAUCAGCUCUCGCAUGCUUCUUCUUGGCAAUGUCCAUUUCUCCAGAGGUUCAGAGAAAGGCGCAAGAAGAGAUUGACCGAGUCAUUGGUAAGGACCGUUUGCCAACCUUGGCAGACCGCCCGAGUUUGCCGUACAUCGACGCAAUCGUCAAAGAAGUUUUACGAUGGCAUCCAGUGGCACCCAUGGGCUUGCCUCAUACGAGUACAGCGGAUGAUGUGUGCGAAGGGUACUUUAUCCCGAGGGGUUCCAUGCUAUUUGCCAACGUCUGGCACUUUACACAUGACCCUGAGGUCUACGACCAACCGAUGUCCUUUAAGCCGGAGAGAUUCUUGCCAGAUGAAGGGGAAAAAAUUGCACCGGACCCUCACGCCUUUGUUUUUGGCUUUGGACGUCGCAUUUGUCCUGGUCGCAUCUUGGCCGACAAUGCAUUGUAUCUUAACAUUGCGCAGUCUCUGGCCGUCUUUGAUAUCACCAGGGAUGAUCAAGUGGCUCAGCCGGAGAUACGGUUCACACCGGGCGUCGUUAGCCACCCGGAGCCCUUCAAGGCUACUAUCAAGCCACGGUCACUUCACCAUGAGAAGUUAAUUCGGUCCAUUGAGAAGGUGUUUCCAUGGGAAGAGAGCGAUGCAGGGAUUCUAAAAAGUAUGAAUUCCUGA